GUAUUAUGCAGAUUAUGUACCUGAAUUUAUCGAGGUUAUAAAAGGGUUUAAAAAGUUACGCCUAUUGAGCUUAUGCAAUAAUUUUGAUUUUAGUAAAUCGCCUGAUGCAUUUGAUAGCUUGAUACACCUCCGCUACCUAUCACUUCCACGAUAUUUCGUUGGGAACAAAAGUAUUGAAUUUGAUGGCUUGACCAACUUGGUCAAUUUGCGUUCAUUAGAUGUUUCCGAUGAAGUGAUACAAAAAAUUCCUUAUAUUAGCAAAUUACCCUUCAUCCACAAUUUACAAAAUUUUAUUGUCCGAGAGGAGAGUGGUUACAAAAUCGGUGAACUAAAGAACCUCAGGGACCUUCGUCGCCUGUGUAUUAGGAAACUUGAAAAUGUGAGGAGUUCUGAAGAAGCCUUUGAGGCCAAGUUGAAUGAGAAAGAAUAUCUCAAAUCACUAUCAUUGGAAUGGUCUGGAGAUCGCUCCAAUAGUGCAGAAGCGGAUGAGCAGCUCCUCGAUAACCUUUGCCCUCAUAUCAAUCUCAAGAAAAUGUGCAUCAAACAAUACCAAGGUGCUAAAUCUCCAUGUUGGAUGGCAAAUCUAUCUCUUAUCAGUUUGACAUCCAUCAAUCUGAUUCAUUGCAAAGGAUGGGAGCACCUCCCGCCUCUUGGGCAGUUUUCUUCGCUCCAAUAUCUUCGCUUGUGGGGACUGCAUGCAAUAAAGCAAAUAGAUUGUUCAUUCUUUGAAAGCAGCAAUGGAUGUGCCUUUCCAUCAUUGAAGAAGUUAAUCUUUGAUAGCAUGCCUAACUUGGAGGAGUGGAUCGGAGUAGAUGACGGCUGCAUGUUUCGUAAACUUCAUUCUAUGAGUAUUUUUGACUGCCCUAAUUUGAGGGAAAUUCCUACUCUGUCUUAUAGUCUAAGACAAUUGACUAUUUCAAAUGUCGGAUUGACUGCUCUUCCAACAAUAAAUCAGGAUUACACAGACAACAAUUGGCAAGAACAUUCACAGGGUCUUGAAAGCUUAGUCAUCGAACGAUGUGAGAAGCUCGAAUAUGUUCCAACAGAAUUUUUUCAGAAAUUCAACAGUCUCAAAGGGCUGCGCAUAAAAGAGUGCCCGCAGUUGACAAAACGUGGGAUCUCAGACAUCCAACUGCCCUCUGUACUCAAUGAGCUCACUAUUGGGUCAUGUGGCGACCUUGAGUUGCCAUUGCUCCAGUUAUUACCAAAUUUAACCUCUCUUACUGAGUUGAAAUUAGUCGAUUGCGCAAGCAUAACAUCCCUUCCCCAAGCACAAGUGUGUGCACAGUUGACGAUGCUUUCCAGCUUAGACAUAUACAACUGCAAAGAACUGUCAUCAUUUGGGGGAAUACAAGCUCUCGUAUCCCUCCGUUGUUUACAAAUUCAUAGGUGCGACAAGCUACUUGAAGUCGCCCUGCUGCUGCAGCCUCCUCCGUUCCCAAACGAUGCCGGCCGAAAAAAGAAUGCACUACUCAUGGACUGCUUUUUGAAGAAUGGCGACCUAUAUAUUGACCACCCCGCGCUCCUGCUCAUGGAGCCAUUGAGAAGUCUCUCCUCCGUCAGCACGUUGAUUUUUUCUGAUGCUUCGGGACUCACCAGCUUACCUGAGGAAUGGCUACUGCAAAAUCACGCUGCCCUCAAACAUUUACUAGUAAAGAAUGCAAGCUCUCUUCAGUCCCUCCCCCAGAGCAUGACAAAACUGUGCUCCCUCGAGUUUUUACAAGUACGGAAUGCUAAUCUCAUCCGGUCUCUUCCAGAUCUGCCUACUUCACUAAGUAGUCUACACAUCACCGGGUGUCACCCUGUGUUGGAGGAGCGAUGCCAAGAGAAUGUAGGCCUUGAUUGGCCCAAGAUUGCCCGCAUCCCUCUUAUGUAUAUUAUAGCAAAUCUCGUUACCUUGUCAUAAGCUUGUUUUGUCGUGUCUAUUAUCCAAGGAAGCAGGUUAAUUUGACAUCUGGAAUAAAUUUCGUGAGAGAUGCUAUCAGAGCAAUACGACUCAGCACAAGGGGAGAAUAAAGGCUAUGCUACAGCAAGCAUCAACAUGCAACCACAUCCUGCGGUAUCUUACAUUUACUUUCUUUACACUUUUAAACGAACUUUAGAUUCAUUUUGCAUCGAUUGUCCAAAAAGACUGAAGUAUUACUGCUUAUGUUCUAUGUUAAUUUGGUGGUGCAAAAACCAAUUUAAGACUCUUAUCGAUUUCUCUAUAUAUAGGAAUGUAAUAAGACCAGAGUAAACCGCCUAUGUAUUUGUAUUUUCUUUUUGUUCUCAGUGUUGUAUGAAUUAAAAACACCUCCUAUUAUUAUAGCCUAUGGAUUUCGUCCUUGUUACGAAGGAUGGUUAAAGUUUUA